UCAAACUGAAUUUUAUAUGAUCGAUGUAAAUGGAAGCAUUCCGUCAGCUUUGGUUGAUCAGCUGGAUAAUGGAAAAGGUCUGUCGUUAUUCUUCCAGGAGGCCACGAAUAUUGUCGAUUCUUCGAAUGAGUGGUCCAUGACAUCCAAAAACAAUGUAUGUAUCGUAACGUAUGCCUAUACAUCAAGUUUAUCGAAUGGUCUUGAAGCAGUUGCGGUUGCCGAUAAAAUGGUGUCAACCCAACGCCUUGAAUACGUUGCAAAUUUGGUAGGUGACGUAGUGCUUGGCGUGCAAGGGAAAUGUGUUAAAUCGAAAAGAAAGCAAUGUCUCAGGCACUUAGCACAAGUUGAUGUGAGUGGUUUUGGUCUUGGUGCACAUAUCGCUGGCAGAACUUGUCAAUACUUGAAGCGAAAAUUGCGCCAACGUGUUCGAAUACUAUUGG